AUGGGCGACGCGUCCGUGGUUACUGUUGUCUUCAGCACUUACCCAUAAUGCACCGCGGCAGCUAAGGGUGAAAAACGAUGCUGAAUGUUGAGAUUUUUGUCUUUAGAUAACAUAGGCAGCUCUUAAAGGCACGAUGGAUAAAGAACCACGGACCACCGUAAUUUUCAACUCCUCCAAACGUGAGCUGUUUACUGCCAACAGUGGAUACAAGUCUCUUCAGAAGAGGCUAAGGGCACAGUGGAAGAUUCAAAGCAUCAAAGAAGAGCUCACGACAGAGAAACUACAUGGUGUGAAGCUGUGGAUUACUGCAGGUCCCAGAGAGAAGUUCACGGCUGCUGAGUUGGAGGUCCUGAAGCAGUACCUAAACAGUGGAGGAAAUAUUCUUGCUAUGCUUGGAGAAGGAGGAGAAGUCAAAUAUGACACCAAUAUCAAUUUUCUCCUGGAAGAGUUUGGAAUAAUGGUCAACAGUGACACUGUAGUGCGAAAUGUGUACUACAAGUAUUUCCAUCCCAAAGAAGCACUUGUUUCCAAUGGUGUUCUUAACAGGGAGAUCAGUCGUGCAGCUGGGAAAGUGGUAACAGGGAUCAUUGAUGAUGAAAGCCCUGGAAACAAUGCACAGGCCCUCACAUUUGUGUAUCCAUAUGGAGCGACACUGAAUGUAAUGAAACCGGCUGCAGCUGUUCUCUCCACCGGCUCUGUGUGCUUCCCUCUUAAUCGGCCAGUUCUGGCCUUAUACCAAAUACCAAAUGCAGGUAAACUGGCAGUGAUGGGUUCCUGUCACAUGUUUAGUGACCAGUAUCUGGACAAGGAGGAGAACAGUAAAAUAAUGGAUGUUCUGUUCCAGUGGCUGAUGACUGACAACAUUCACCUUAAUCAAAUAGAUGCAGAAGACCCAGAGAUCACAGAUUACACCAUGUUACCAGACACAGGCUGCCUGUCUGAGAGACUGAGGGUGUGUCUGCAGGAGGGGGACGAAAACCCACGGGACUUCACCUCACUUUUUGAUAUGUCUCUAUUUAAACUGUCAACCGACACCCUUCCAUCUGUUAUCAGGGCCUACAAGCAACUGAAUGUCAAACAUGAACCACUUCAGUUGAUCACACCACAGUUUGAAACGCCACUGCCACCUCUGCAGCCCGCUGUCUUCCAGCCUGCCUUUAGAGACCUGCCCCCACCCAUGCUUGACCUUUUUGACCUUGACGAAACCUUCUCAUCAGAGAAAGUGCGACUAGCCCAACUGUCAAACAAAUGCACUGACGAUGACCUCGAGUUUUAUGUGCGAAAAUGCGGAGACAUUCUAGGAAUUAAUGGAAAACUGGACAAAGAAAAGAGAGACGCCAAACACAUCCUAGAGCACAUCUUCUUUCAGGUGGUGGAGUUUAAAAAGCUGAACCAGGAACAUGAUAUCGACACAACACAGGCGAGAUUUUCUCCGUUCUAAAGCUGGAAAACUUAAGAAAGUGAAGGAAUGAAGAGUUGGACUAAAAGAUGUUGAAUGAAGCCACGAAUUGACUCGAACAGCAUGUAAUCUUCUACUACAUCUUGGUGUGAAACCAGUCAGGAUCUAGGAUUUCUUUUACGCCUUUCUUAUAAUAUCAGAAGACAAGAAGAUAGUUGUACAUUUAACUCUUAAAGCAACCCCAUUUCAGACACUCAUAUCUACACUCAUUGCGAGGAGCAUUUGGACCUGAAUGUACUGGUUUUGGAUGCUGAUGUGUACGUGUGUGUGUGUGUGAGUGUGGCAGAGUUUAGUAUACAGAAGACACAUUUCCAGUUAUUUUAUAACUCGUAUUUAAACCAUAUUUAACCGAAUGUUCUGCACAUGUUCAGCACUAAAGUUCACAGAGAAUUAAAGUCUAAAAACUACACUAUAUGGUAAAUACUGAUAUAUUCAAAAAAAUUUUGUAAGAUAUUAAAAUAUAUGUAAAAAUAUAUAUGUAAGAUAUUAAAAAUGAGCAUAUUGUAAUAUCAAGCCUGCUAUAAAGCAGUACUUUUAGAAAUUACAUUGAGAGAUGAGUCUUGAAUUUUUCCUAUGUUUCUAUAUAGGAACAUCAUAAUUAAAGGAGAACAAACAUUAUUUUGCAAAGUCAGUAAAAUACCUUAAACAAUGCAUCUGUACGUUUUAUUAUUGAACAAUAUAUAUACUUAUUGAACAAUGAGGCAUUUUUACACCAAUCUAAAAUGCUUAAAUAAGCAACCCUGUCCUAUAGGGUUUUAGGACAGUCUUUAAGCAAAUCAAACAUUACUUUCUCUUUUCAUUCUCAAUAAAAAACUGCUAGAUUAGUAUGGUUUAGUGUGUUACCUGCUCAAACACAUCCAUUAAACCUGUCAAAUAACCAAUAAUGAGUUUUGUUAGAUUAGCUCUGUUAGAUUAAGGUUCCCUACAGGUCCGUACUGUACAUUCUCUGUGAACCCAAGGCUGAAUAAAAAAAGUGUAUUCAUGUGUACAAUAUCACCAUGCCUUGAUGUUUAUAAAAUGCAGUUUUCAAUAAACACAUUUUUUAACUGUU